UCACUGCAUGUCUUUUGCACUUAUGUUGAAGUUAUAUUAAAAGAUAUAAACUGUGGUUCUGCCUUGAAUUUUUGUAACGCUGGUAUAGAUAGUGUUAUGAAACAUUCCAGUAGAGAGGGGAACUUUCAUGACACUCGAGCUCGUACAAUCCUCAGUUGAUAUAAAAUUACAGUCAGCUGUUGACGCUUAAGUGCUUAUAACAAAGUGGUAUUAUCAAUUAACAAGUUAACAAGUGUUUGUAUAUAUCAAUGGCGGAUCCAGUAAUUCAAGUUCAACAAGGUCAGCUACGUGGAAUUUGGGAGAAUAAUAUUUAUGGUGUAAAAUUUGUAGCCUUCAGAGGAAUUCCUUAUGCUAAGCCACCAGUUGGAGAUCUACGAUUCAAGGAUCCUGAACCUGUAGAACCAUGGUCUGGUAUCAAAGAUGCUACCAAGUUUGGAAAUAAAUGUAUGCAGAGAGACUGGAUAACUAAAGAAAUCAUUGGAAAAGAAGAUGGCCUUUAUUUGAAUGUUUACACGUCUGAUUUGAAUCCAUCGGCUCCAAGAGCUGUUAUGGUUUGGAUCCAUGGAGGAGGAUUCAUUUUUGGGAGUGGUGAUGAUGAUUUUUAUGGGCCAGAUUACUUUAUUGAGAGAGAUGUCGUGCUAGUAACAAUCAAUUAUAGAGUUGGUGUUCUUGGAUUUCUGAAUGCUGAUGAUGAAGAAGCACCGGGUAAUCAAGGUUUGAAGGAUCAGGUUUUAGCAUUAAAAUGGGUACAACAGAAUAUCUCAAGAUUUGGUGGUGAUCCUCACAAUGUAACGAUUUUUGGCGAAAGUGCGGGUGGAGCUUCCGUUCAUUAUUUAACCAUCUCACCAUUAGCUCAAGGAUUAUUCCAUAAGGCAAUUUUGCAAAGCGGAGUAGCAAUAAAUCCCUGGGCAUCUUCUGCAUGUUCUCCAAAAGAGACAGCUUUUAAAUUGUCUUCUAUUCUAGGAAAUGAGAUUACAGAUCCUAAAAAACUUGUCAAGUUCUUGAAAACAGUUGAUGCUCAUCAAUUGAUAGAUGCUGAGAAAUCUCUUCAAACAUGGCAGGAUAAAUGGUUAUUCAUUUGGCCAUUUGGACCAUCAGUGGACGAAAAAUCGAAAAAUCCUUUCCUUUCUGUUCCUGUUCAAGAUGCAGCUAAAUCAGGAAUUAAAGUUCCAUGCAUUUUGGGAUAUACAGAUUCCGAAGGAAUCUUGGCACUCGCUGAGGUAAAUAAAGAUAAAUUUGCGGAUCUGGAAGCAAAUCAAGAAAAUCUCCUAUUUCAUCCUACAAUGAAGAAGAUGUUGAAAGAAAAAAAUAUCACAGUGGAUCAGUUUAAAAAACUCUUCAUGGGAGAUGUAAAAAUCGCACCAGAAAAUGCCCAGAAUAUGGUAGAUUUACUGAGUGCAGUGCAUUUCAUUAUUGGAAUUCAUCAGACGCUUCAGAUUCAAAAUCGCAUCUCUCACGUUCCAGCGUAUCUAUAUAAAUUUGAAUAUGAAAGUCCGAAGUCUUUGAUGAACCAUUUUUUACAAGUUGAUUUAAAAGGUACAUGCCAUGGUGAAGAAAUACAAUAUAUGUUUUAUCCACACUUACUUAAAACAUUCGGAAUGCCACAACCAACUUUAGGUUCCACUGAAUCUCUGAUUACACACAGAUUCAUUGAAUUAUGGACCAACUUUGCUAAAACUGGAAAUCCAACACCUACACCCUCAGAAAUAACUCCAAUAGAUUGGAAACCAAUAAAUGAUUCCAUUGAGUACAAUUGUCUGAAAAUUUCAGAGGAUGUCAGCAUCAUUAAGGAAACGAAUAUUAUGCACGAAAUCGAGAUGAAAAUGAAAAAGAAUAAGCUAUAAAUCACAACAAUUUUAUAUUGUUAACAUUUGUUAAAUAAACAAGACAAAAUUUUGUAAAAA